CAACACAAUACCAAAAAAAUAGCAGAAAUCAUCCAAAAUGAACCCAAGUCUGAACAACAUUUUCGCCUAAGCCUGCCCCUCACAUCAACCAAAAUCAAGCCAUGCAAUACCAAAAAAAUACCAAAAAUCACCCAAAACCAGCCCAGUUAUGGGCGUUUCACGAUGUUCCGAGGGUCGGCAUAGGGUCGAACUUUUUGCCUGUUUCGGUCACCGAACAGAUCUUUUCUGUCGAUGUGGGCGUCUGGGACUCCCGCUGUGUAUGGACACAAUACAUACGUGACUCCCACGAUGCACAGGCGCAUCCCACCUUACACUUCCGUAACACUUCACAUAUCACCCAUACACACCCCUCCCAUGACGUUGGCCUUCCAGGACUCCCACUGUGCGAGGGCUCGAAAAUAUCGGACCUCAUCUACAUGCGCACACAUGGCCUUCCAGGACUCUCACCAUGUGAGGGCUUGCAAACAUCGGACCUCAUCUGCAUGCCCAUACACCUAUCAUUAACAGUGGCCUUCCAGGACUCCCACCGCGUGGGGGCUCAACAAUGUCAGACCUCAUCUGCAUGCACAUACAACUCCCGCUACGUUGGGAGUAUUACACAAAUCACACUACCUUGCAUCAUUCACACUGAUUCCGAAACCAUGCGGAAUCGCAAAAUCAAAACUUUCUACAUCAGAUGCAUCCAAGGGAAGUGUUUCAUGCGAGGCUACCGCUACUCAAUCUUACCAAUACUGACUCUCGAUGGAAUCAUUGCUUAUGAUAUCAUUGAGGGACCAGCAUCAGUGAAUUGA